GAUUGGCCCGGAGGCUGGUGACUCCGGAAAUACUAAGCUGCCGGGCCCACGCCGGAGUGGACGUGUAGGGGCCGGGUUUGGCCCUCGUGAACUCUGACCCGAGUGCAUAGGUUUCUCUUUCCGGGACGAGAUGGCGCCGUACACGCCGCUUUUAACAGUCCGAGGAUCAGAAGGACUGUACAUGGUGAAUGGACCACCACAUUUUACAGAGAGUUCGGUGCUUCCAAGGGAAUCUGGAAAAAAUUGCAAAGUCUAUACCUUUAGUAAGGAUGGGACCUUGUUUGCCUGGGGCAACGGAGAGAAAAUAAAUAUUAUCAAUGUCACUAACAAGGGACUACUGCACUCCUUCGACCUCCCUAAGACAGUUUGCCUUGAAUUCUCACCAAAAAACACUGUCCUGGCAACGUGGCAACCUUACACUACUUCUAAAGAUGGCACAGCUGGGGUUCCCAACCUACAACUUUAUGAUGUGAAAACUGGAACAUGUUUGAAGGCUUUCAUCCAGAAAAAGAUGCAAAAUUGGUGUCCAUUCUGGUCAGAAGAUGAAACUAUUUGUGCCCGAAAUGUUAACAAUGAAGUUCAUUUCUUUGAAAAUAACAAUUUCAAUACAACUGCAAAUAAAUUGCAUUUGCAAAAAAUUAAUGAUUUUGUGUUAUCACCUGGACCCCAACCAUACAAGGUGGCUGUUUACGUUCCAGGAAGUAAGGGUGCACCUUCAUUUGUUCGAUUAUAUCAGUACCCCAACUUUGAUGGGCCUCAUGCAGCUUUAGCCAAUAAAAGUUUCUUUAAAGCAGAUAAGGUUACAAUGCUAUGGAAUAAAAAAGCUACUGCUGUGUUAGUAAUAGCUAGUACAGAUGUUGACAAGACAGGAGCUUCCUACUACGGUGAACAAACGCUGCACUAUAUUGCAACAAAUGGAGAAAGUGCUGUGGUGCAAUUACCAAAAAGUGGCCCCAUCUAUGAUGUGGUUUGGAAUUCUAAUUCUACUGAGUUUUGUGCUGUUUAUGGUUUUAUGCCUGCCAAAGCAACAAUUUUCAACUUGAAAUGUGAUCCUGUGUUUGACUUUGGAACUGGUCCUCGUAAUGCAGCCUACUUUAGUCCUCAUGGGCAUAUAUUAGUACUGGCUGGAUUUGGAAAUCUGAGGGGACAAAUGGAAGUCUGGGAUGUUAAAAACUACAAACUUAUUUCUAAACCAGUGGCCUCUGAUUCUACAUAUUUUGCUUGGUGCCCAGAUGGUGAGCAUAUUUUAACAGCUACAUGUGCUCCCAGGUUACGUGUUAAUAAUGGGUACAAGAUUUGGCAUUACACUGGCUCAGUCUUGCACAAGUAUGAUGUGCCAGCAAAUGUGGAAUUAUGGCAGGUUUCUUGGCAGCCAUUUUUAGAUGGAAUAUUUCCAGCAAAAACAAUAACUUACCAAGCUGUUCCAAGUGAGGUACCCAGGGAAGAACCUAAAACUGCAACAGCUUACAGACCCCCAGCUUUAAGAAAUAAACCAACUACCAACUCCAAACUGCAUGAGGAGGAACCACCUCAAAAUAUGAAACCACAACCAGGAAAUGAUAAGCCAUUAUCAAAAAAUGCCCUUAAAAAUCAAAGGAAACAUGAAGCUAAGAAAGCUGCAAAGCAGGAAGCAAGAAGUGACAAGAGUCUGGAUUUGUCACCUACACCUACUUCACAGAGCUCAGCUCAAAAUACUAUCCCUCAGCCAACUACUGGAGACCCUGAGGUAGACAAAAAAAUCAAGAACCUAAAGAAGAAACUGAAAGCAAUCGAACAACUGAAAGAACAAGCAGCAACUGGAAAACAACUAGAAAAAAAUCAGUUGGAGAAAAUUCAAAAAGAGAAAGCCCUUCUCCGGGAGCUGGAAGAUUUGGAAUUGGGUAUUUAAAGAGUCACAAAAAGGAAGUUGGUUACCAGAAAUCAGUGGGAACUCAUCUUCUGUUACAUUCGUUGGUGUAUACGGAUUGUUCAUGUCCCCUCAUUUAACAUUCAUCUCUAAUUUUAACCAUUUUCCAAAGUUCUGCAUAUGUGUAUAAUUAUUUAAUAAUGCCUAUUAAAAUUGAUUUUUGUGUUUUGCAUUUUAGAUCAUGUUAACAUGAAAUUAAAAAAAAGACACAUGAACUUUCUAGUUAAGUUUGACAUACUAAAAGACCAAUGUCAUUGUUUUUUAGGAGGAGAUAGUAUUUACCAUAUAAAUGAAUAAAGACAUUUUAAAUU